UGCUAAUGAGGCGACGGCGGCGGCGGCGGAGGAGGAGGAGCGGCGGAGCGGCGAAGGACGGACGGACGGACGCGGUUCCCUGCGGCUCCCGUUUUUCCCGAGUCGUGUGUUUUUUUUUCCCCCCCGUGUGAUGUGCGGGGAGAGGGGGGGGGCGCGGCCCGGACACUGACACUGACUGACACCGACACACCGACCGAACGACAUGUCGCCGCCGCCGCCCGCGCUCCACUGCCUGAUGCCGCCUCCGCCGCCGCCGCAGAAGCUUCUGGAAAGCGAGGAAAAAGACCAGGACAAAGACAAGAGCUUAGAUGGCGACGAGGCCGCCAGCAGCAACACAGCAGCCUCUGCCUCCCUCAUGCCAACCAUCUGGGACAAGACCAUUCCGUACGAUGGCGAGACCUUCCACCUGGAGUACAUGGAUCUGGAUGAAUUCCUGCUGGAAAACAGCAUUCCCUCCAGCCCAACCCAGCUGAACGGGCUGAUGUCCGUGGAUGAGCUGGAGGAGGAGAAGGAGUCUCAAUCCUGCCCGCCCUCUCCCACCCCCUCGGGCGUGAUGUACUCUGUCCUGGAUGACGAAGAUAGUGAUGACAGCGACUGCGGGCAAGACAACCUGAACCCCGUGAGCACAGAGGCGGUUGAGGUGCCGGUGAACUUCGAGCCUGACCCGACAGACUUGGUGCUGUCCAGCGUGCCAGGCGGAGAACUCUUCAACCCUCGUAAGCACAAGUUCUCCGAAGAAGAACUCAAACCCCAGCCCAUGAUUAAAAAGGCAAAGAAGGUCUACGUGCCGAAUGAAUUAAAGGAUGAAAAAUAUUGGACACGGCGUAAGAAGAACAACGUGGCAGCCAAGCGGUCUCGCGAUGCGCGGAGGCUGAAGGAGAACCAGAUCACCGUGCGGGCGGCCUUUCUGGAGAAGGAGAACGCAGCGUUGCGGCUGGAAGUGGCCGAACUUCGCAAGGUCGUCAGUCGCUGCAAGUCAGUGAUCUCCAAAUAUGAAGCCAAGCACGGAGCCCUGUAAGAGAGAGUAGGUGUUGAGAAAAUAAUUGUCGUCCUCUCUACUGCGACUGGUCUUAUAUUUAUCAUUUGUACCCGAGAGAGCAAGGAUUUAUAAUCAUUCUAAUGAUUCCUUUUAGCCUGGUGUGUGUUUUUAUAUAUAUAUAUAAUAUAUAUAUAAAAAUAAAACAAAUAUUCUUAACAAAUACAUGGAGUGAAUAGUAACCAAAGGAGUUGGCUGUUUAAAGUAAUUACUUCCCGGCUGACAGUGAAGAUUGCUGUACAGAAUACACUCACUGCACUUUUGCAGUGGGCCCUGUGAAGCACUUUGAGA